CUUUUAUGACCAAAAAAAGGAAAGUAAAAUUCAUUAUCUUAAUUCUUCUUCUUCACCUCUUCACUCUCAGUCCCUAUGAACAUACUUGCCAUUUCUGCAAAACCUCAAAGCUUUGUUCUUUGUUUGAUUUCCUAAAAACCCAAAACCCCAUUUUUGAUCUGUGAAAUCCUUGUUGUUUUGAGUUAUAGAGGAAAAAAAAUGGGUUCUCUAGUCCCAUUUCAAGACCUUAAUCUUCAACCUGAAUCGACUAAUUUUACAUCUUCUACAACCCCAAAUCCAAGAAUUAUCCCAAAGAUUGAACCAAAGCUUGAACCCCUUGAUGAGUAUACACAAGCUGAUCUUCAAACCCCAGCUUUUUUUUCCAACCCUAGUCCCAAUUUCAACACAAGUUCUGGUUCAGCUUUUAGGAGGAACCCACAAUUAGCUACUCAUGAGGCUGAUUCACAAUCACCAAGCUCGAUUAUACCGGAGGUUCCACCUGGGUGCGAUAGAAACAAUGUUUAUGUUUAUUCGGAGUAUAAUCGAAUUUCUGAGAUGUUUAAAGAAGCUUUUACUGAGAAAAUGCAGCGGUAUGGAGAUGUUGAGGUGGUUGGAAACCAGAAUCAGGAUUCUGUUGAUGUGGUUAUGGAAGACGCUGAUGCUCGAGCUAUAGUUCCGGUGAGUAAUAAUGAUACACAGGUUGCAGAAGUGGUGGUUGCUAGAAGGAAAUAUCAACAGAGAUCAUCGGAAUUGGUUAGAGUGACAGAUCUUAAGGUUGAAGAUCAGCUUUAUUUUCGAGAGGCUGUUAGGAAAACCCGAAUGCUGUAUGAUUCCUUGCGAAUUCUUGCUAUGGUGGAAGAUGAUGGAAGUCAGCAUUUGGGUCCGUAUAGAAAGCCAAGAGGUGAUUUGAAGGCUUGUCAAAUAUUGAGAGAACAUGGGUUGUGGAUGAAUCGUGAUAAACGGAUUGUCGGGCCGAUUCCUGGAGUGCUUAUCGGGGAUGUGUUCUUCUUUAGGAUGGAGCUUUUGGUUGUUGGAUUGCAUGGGCAGGCUCAAGCUGGAAUUGAUUAUGUACCUGCAAGUCAGAGUUCGAACCGGGAGCCAAUUGCUACAAGUGUGAUUGUUUCAGGUGGCUAUGAGGAUGACCAAGAUGGAGGAGAUGUGAUUAUAUAUACAGGUCAUGGUGGACAGGACAAGCAUUCGCGGCAAUGCGUGCAUCAGAAGCUUGAAUGUGGGAAUUUGGCAUUGGAGAGAAGUAUGCACUACGGAAUUGAGGUAAGGGUAAUUCGUGGCUUUAAAUAUGAAGGAAGUGGAAGUGCAAGUGGUAAGGUCUAUGUGUAUGAUGGAUUAUAUAGAAUUGUCGAAUGCUGGUUUGAUGUUGGAAAGUCUGGAUUUGGAGUGUAUAAAUACAAGCUUGUUAGGAUAGAGAAUCAGGAAGAGAUGGGAAGUGCUAUUCUUCGUUUUGCACAGAAUCUUAGGAUCAGACCUUUGGAGGCAAGGCCUACUGGUUAUGUUACUCUCGAUAUAUCAAGGAAAAAAGAAAAUGUGCCAGUGUUUCUUUUCAACGAUAUUGAUGAUAAUCAUGAUCCGGCUUAUUUUGAAUAUCUAGUAAAACCUAUUUAUCCUCCACAUGUUUCUCUGAAUGUGCACAGUGGUAAUGGCUGCCAGUGCAUUGAUGGGUGUGCUGAUAAUUGUUUUUGUGCUAUGAGAAAUGGUGGCCAAUUUGCCUAUGAUUAUAAUGGGAUAUUGUUGAGAGGCAAACCGUUAGUAUUCGAAUGUGGACCACAUUGUCGAUGUCCUCCAACUUGUCGGAAUAGAGUGACUCAGAAAGGUUUGAGGAACAGAUUUGAGGUGUUUCGGUCUAGAGAGACUGGUUGGGGAGUUAGGUCACUGGACUUGAUCCAAGCUGGGUCCUUUAUCUGUGAAUAUACUGGGGUCGUACUCACACGAGAGCAAGCCCAAAUUUUUACAAUGAAUGGUGACAGUUUAGUCUAUCCAAGUCGCUUUCCUGAUCGAUGGGCAGAAUGGGGAGAUUUGUCUCAAAUAUAUCCUAACUAUGAGCGCCCAGCAUACCCCUCCAUUCCUCCUCUGGAUUUUGCUAUGGAUGUGUCUCGAAUGAGGAAUGUAGCAUGUUAUAUUAGUCAUAGUUCAAGUCCCAAUGCUUUGGUGCAGCCUGUGCUUUAUGAUCACAACCAUGUAGCGUUCCCCCACAUGAUGCUCUUUGCAAUGGAGAAUAUUCCCCCUCUAAAGGAGAUCAGUAUUGAUUAUGGGGUAGCAGAUGAAUGGACAGGAAAGCUUGCCAUCUGUGAUUGACUAACUUAUAGUGGUUGAUUCAAUUUUGAAAAUGAUGCGGCAAAGCUGUUUCUCGUACAUUAUUUGCUGAGGAAUUGGAUAUAUUUGUUUAUAUGUUAGAAAUAGUAAUACUGCUCCCUGAGCUUCUGCUCCGUGGUAAGAUGAAAACAUGAUGUGUGGAUUAAGAGCGCGUCAAGAGUUCGAACUCUGCUGCAGUCAAAAGCCUGAUAUUCAAGUGGAGAAGAGUAGAGGGAAAUACCUAUUAUCCACUGAAAGUCUUGUAUGUGAGCUGGUCCUUUGGAAUCUCUCGGUUGUCAAAAAGAAGUGAUAGCUACUUCUGUCAAACGUAGAGGAUGCUUCUUGUCAUAAUGAAGGGCACUGUUCUUGACAUUCCCGUUAUCUUGGUGACAGUCCAGACCGCAUCACUAGAUUCCUAAAACAAGUUGCUCUGAUAGCUGUUUUCUGCACCAGCUUGUAGAUCCUAUGUUGUAGAUAGCAUGGUGUUCAAGACUAGCUACAAGAGUGAAGAAAGUGAUAUUGCUGCUUCUCACUAUAUAUCAGCGCUUUGGUAGGAACCUUUUUAACCUAUGUGUGCUAACCUGCCACUGAUGUUCUUGAUUGUAAGAACUUUCCUUGGUUGUAGUAAUAGCUUGUAUAUAUGAAGAUCAAACUUGCUUAUUCUGUACAGAAGAUUGUAUUGAUUUCGUGUUACCGGAUAGCUGUAGUUAAGUUAAAAUGCUUUUGCUAGAUAAAGAGGGAAGCACCUAGUAUGUGGUCCAAGUUAGGUAUGCUGGGAAUUUUGGAAGGAUCAAAGAGGCACAGCAAAUAUGUUACUACCAGAUUUUCCCUCUGGAUAUGGCAAUGCAAAUUUUAUUCAAAUUAUUGAAUUCUUUCUUAUGCUUAAACCUAUAUUUUUUUUUCUUCUCA